GGAAAAUUCAACGCUUGCAACUCGCAUGAGACAGCGGCACAUAGAUCAGCUUAAGAAGAUCAUUUUCUUCAUGAGAGGAAAAUACUUUUACGAGACUCACGAAGUAUUCGCAAGGGAAAAGUGUGAGAUUAAUGGCGGAUCCACCGCGUACGACACUGCUAUUCGAGGUUUGGAGAGCUUCAACAAUUCCAUUCACUCCAUGCUAAAUGCAAUCGAGAUCAAUCUUAGCCAUAGUACGUCAAACAUUAGCGAGGAUUUAACCUCGAAGGAUGAGGAUUUUGAGGAGAUUUGUCGCGACUUUCAUACAUGGGAAGACGUGGUCACCCUGGCCGUAGAUGCGUUCAAACCUUGUUGGGACCUGGACGAACGCCAGAGUGCUGAAAUAGUUAUGGUAACUAUGUCUCGAAUAAUAGAACAUGUUUGCGAAAACAAUGGAAGUCGCCUCUUAGCAUAUUCCAAGGCUCCUGAGUCUGAAUGUUUCAUCGCAAGGACUGAUCGAUUCCGUGCCUGUUAUCGCAAUUAUGUCAUUACUACGGAUAUCGUUGCCUAUAAGUCAGUGCCCUUUACGAAAAAUCGCGAAAUUCCAAUACCAUUCAGAGUUCCAGUAUUCAAGAUAAACUUGAAAGAAUGCUCCGGAAUGGAUGUGAUGCAUAAAUGCUUCGUCAGAGAACUCGACACAUGCAAGGAAGAGACACGAUCGAACUUGAUUAAUUCUAUAUUCAACAUUAUCACGAAAGAAUUGGGCUGUGAAGCGCUACUCAAUAAGACACCUGCAACACAUACUACGUAUUAACACUUUGUAUCGGAGUUUUUUCGACUGACAGAAUCUAUGUCUGCAAAAAUUUAUC